AUGGUUGACUAUAGCAAGUUCGACCACAUUGGAUCGUCAGAUGAAUCAGAUGCAGCUCAUCCUGUUUCGAUUCAACAAACGUGCGAUGCGAUGUUUGAUUCCAUCCGACGAGUUGGCCCGGGUCAGCCGAAAGGCUUCUACUACCCACUUCAGGGUGGAGACAUGGUGCCGUUCGAUGUGAGAGAUGAGAUAUGCCAAGAUUUAGGGUACCAACAUGGCGAUGUUGUCGUCACGGACCACGGACAUAUUUCCACAGUCAUUGGUGUCUUUGAUGAACAGCUCUGGUUUCACGCAGAGGGAAACGACGGAGCAGAUCUUUGGACGAACGAGGUGCUGAAGAAGGUUGGCCGCACAGCCGUGGAGGAACGCGCUAAAGGACCUCCAAGUUUGAAGUCAGAUUGGUUGAGGCUGGAUUUUGCGUAUGCUGCAGGUCUGGAGAACCCGACGCUGGCCUACUUCGACACCAGGAAGCACCUCUGCGAGACGGUUGGGGGCUUCAAGCACGGAGAUGUGAUCCGGGUCGGUGCCAUUUCUGCAGUGACCAUCGGAGUGAAGCGCGAUGGACAUCGACUGUUCCUCUGGUUUCAUCCACCGCAUUCUCCAGGAGACUUCUUGAUACAUGGAGGUUGA